AUGAAAGGCCUUCGCUGGCGUUACACUCGGCUGCCCAGCCAGGUGGAGGACGCUCUGUCUGGGGACGGGGGUGAGAAAGGGGAUGAGGAAGAGGAGAAGGCAGCUGCUGCCCCAGCUCCUGAGGACCCUGUGGAGCCCCAGCUGGCAGAAGCCAGCCAGGUCCUGGGAGCCUUGGAGAUGAGGCAGCUCAGCCUCCACCUCCCGCCAAGCGUCACCGGACACUCCUGGAGUCUGGCCUUCUGCACGGCAAGGGACGGCUUCAGCCUGCGCAGCCUGUACAGGCAGAUGGAGGGCCACAGUGGGCCGGUGCUGCUGGCGCUGAAGGACCAGGAUGGGCAGAUGUUUGGGGCCUUCUCCUCCUCAGCUUUUCGACUCAGCAAAGGCUUCUAUGGUACUGGCGAGACAUUCCUCUUCUCCUUCUCCCCACAACUGAAGGUUUUUAAGUGGACAGGAAGCAACUCUUUCUUCGUGAAAGGAGAUUUGGACCUCCUGAUGAUGGGCAGUGGCAGUGGCCAGUUUGGGCUGUGGUUGGACGGAGACUUGUAUCACGGGGGAAGCCACCCCUGUGCGACCUUCAACAAUGAGGUGCUGGCCCGGCGGGAGCAGUUCUGCAUCAAGGAACUGGAGGCCUGGGUUCUGAGCUGA